GAGAACUGCUCAGUUCUGCCUUCUGUUAUUCACAGUCAUUGAACCUGCGACCUCAGAGCCUCAGGCAGUGGUCCUGCUAUGGAUGAAUUACUGAAUGAAGAACCUGAGAGUGUAGAAGUAGUAGAGGCCCGUGAUGAUGGUGAUGAUGGAAAGAAGAGAUCCAAGUUCAGAGCCUUCAAGAGCUUUUUUGGCAAGAAGAAGAAAAAGGAGCCAGAGGAUGUCCCGGAAGGGCUGAGCCAGCAGCCCAGCCUGUCAAGCAGCAAUAAUGACGUCUCUUCCAUCAAGUCCUUAAGGGAUAGCCCUUACAUUGAGCCUGGCAUCAAGAGGGGCAUGCGCACCAAAGCUCUGUCCCAUGAAAGCAUCUUUAUCAUGGAGCCUGAGCCGGAGCCUGAGCCUGAACCUGAGCCUGAGCCUGUGCCUGAGCCGGAGCCAGAGCCAGAGCCUGAAAGAGCAACAAGCGGAUCAUCCUCUUCCCCAGAGUCCCAGAGAAGCAGACCUCUGAAGAGAUCUAUUUUUUCCCAAACGUUGCCUAGAGCUGGGAAGAGCCGCAUACGUGGAGCUCUUUCUGGAAUUGUGUUUGGAGCUCUGCCCCGAUACAUGAUCAAGAGUGGAAUCUGGAUUCCAGGAUCUGAGAGCAGUAAGAAGUCUUCUGAGGCAGCCUCUGGACCUGUGCGCUCCCAGUCCUUGACCACAUUCACCACAAACAGUAGCACCCAGAAGACAAGUGGAUUUAACCGCCCUGCAUCCAACCAGGGAUGUCUUGAUUCCUCUGCUGCCCGGCAUAAGAUGGCUUUAAAUCCCCGGAAGCAAAAGAAGAAGAAGAAAUCACAGGAAUCUAUGAAGGCCAAGAAGGAGGGGCUACACGUUCAGCUCCUGUCUGAAGAUGAGAAGGAUGUCAGCAAAGCAAAAGCUGUUGAACAGAACAAGUCCAAAAAGGACAGUUCAGAUUCCUUGAAUGUGGAUCAGAGGUGUAAGACUGACAUAUGUGAUAAAGACACAGAUGAAACUUCAAAUAAGAGAAACAAAGGAAAAGGAUCCGAUCCUUCCUGCAUGCGUGAGGAUGAAUCCAAAUUUGAAAUCCUAAAACCAUCCAGUUCUGGAAUGGACUUUGCUGAUGGUGACAGUUCGCUGCCUACUAUCAAGACCACCAAGGAGUGUGCUGCCUUGCACCUGGUCACCGAGCAUCAAGACACAGAGAAAGAUCCCACUCCACAAGCAGAGACCCCUCCACCUCAGGGGAAGCUGUCAGACACAGAGGAUACAGUCAAGAAAGCUGAUGGUGAAGAUGUUGAAGUCAGAGAUACACCGGUCUCACAGCUUAUCCCACAAGAGCAUGAGGAGAGGGUGGCCCCAGCCCACCCUGAAGGUGGUACUUCCCUUGGUGGAGGUGAUCAAUCCGAAACUGGGGCUUCGCUUCUGUCAGUGGAGGAAAGCCUGUCUCCACCCCAAGAAGAUGACAUUUUCUCCAUGGUGAUGGAGUCCCAGCUGUUUUUGGAUCCCCCUCCCUCCCCAUCCUCAGAAAGGGAAGAGGCUUCCAGCCUGUGUAUACAAAGUGAACAGAGCAUCAGUAGUGACAAUUCCAUGGAAGAAGACCUGCAUGCCUGUGUAGCCAGGGUGUUAGCAGAGGAAGGUCUCUUUGAAGAGAGGCUUCCCCAAGAGGGCCUGUCUUGGCUCAUGAAGAAGCUAGACCCUGAGAUUGAAUCAUUGGGUUCUGACAGCAUGGCUGAAGUAGAAGACAGUAAUACUGAGCAGCAGGAACAGCUGGCUCCUGGCUCUGCUCCCCAGACCCCAGAGACCCCUCAAGAUGGACCAGAGUUCUUUUGCAAAACAGAAAAUAACAGUCUGGAGGCCAGCACUGCUGAGCAGCAGUCCACUCCACAUUGUGUCCCCCAGUCCCUGGGGAAACCGGAAGCUGAGGAGCGACUGGUAGAUUCAGAGGAGCGGACUGACUCUGAUCAACAGCUGACUUCACAAGUCUCUUUCCAGGCCCUGGAGAAGCCAGAAGAUGAAGAAGAAGGCAUAAAUGAAUCCAAAAGUCUGCUUGCGGACUCCAACAGCGAGGAGCAGCAGACUCUGGCGCUCACUACCCAGGCUUUGGAGGAAUCUGAAGUUGAGACUUCCUCAGAAUUGAGUAGCUACACUGAGAAGUAUGAAAGUGGGGUAGACUGGAGCACCUCUGAGGAAGAGCUGCUCCUCAAACACCCUUCGAAGGCCUCAGGGAGGCCCAAACACCACCAAAAUGCCUCCACAGCUUCCCUGACUAUGGCUGAGGGACAGGAUCAUCCCAGACAACUGAAAACUGCCACAGGGGCUACACAACCCUUUGUGAAGCUGAAUGCCCAACGUGUCUCCCAGGGCCACAAGGGGGUGUCCACAAAAUGGCGCAACCCUGUGAAGCUGAUUCUUCCCAAACAUGCUUUUCAAUCAUGGGUGAGCUCCAAAGGCAAGCGGCCAGGUUCUCCAGGGUCGAAGAACACAUCUGCAGAAUGGGGUGUUUCUGUAGAGUCACCCCCUUCCAGAUUGCUUUCCCGGCGCCUGAGGAGGCCUAAGAUGGACCAGCAAUGCCCCUCCAGGUCCAAAAUAGUGACUCAUAAAGGUGCCACUUACACCAGACUACUUCCACCCAUGUCUGACUCUCAAUCCCCAAGGAAAUUCAAAACCAGAAAGACGAUUCCUGAAGACCUAGAGAACUCUGACUCUGAUGAGAGCGAUCCUGUGGAAUCUCUUCUCAGGUCAUCUACUUUCAGUUCCAUGAAGUCCGAACAGAAACUGCAAGCCAACUUGGACACCAAGAGUUCAAUCAGUGGUGACAAGAGCAUUUCUAAGGAUCUGAUGGAUCUCAGCCAACACCCUAAACCUUGGACAAGCCCAAGAAGCCUGCGAAAGGUUUCUUUUCCAGGUGCUGCUGGGUUAGGAGCAAGCUUGGCCAGGGAGCCUCUACUGAGUAGAGUCCCGUUGCAUUCCUCGACCACCACUAAAACGCAGAAUGUGUUAUCGGGGCCUGAUGGGGCCACUGCUGAGAUUCUGCCCCCAAAAAUAUUUCCACUGUCCAUGGGAGCUUGUGUGGGCCAGCAAACCAUGGAGAACACUGCAGUGGAGGAGGGCAAGUUUGCAAGGUUGCUGUCUUUCAAAUGUCCACCACAGCACUUGAUGAAGCCAAAAUUUAAGCCACUGAGUACAGCCCUCAGUUCCCUGGCUGCAUCUGUAGAGCAGAGGGCAACCGGGCACACAUCUCCCAAACACUCCUUCCAACCCCCGAUGGGGCCCCGGAUCCAGCCACAAGGCUCUGCGGAGCCCGAAAAGAUUCCAAAUAAGAAGGGCAGAUCUCUGGAGCCACUAGCUACCAGGAAUUUUUUCCAACCUUGGGUGAGCUCAGUAUUGGAGAAGCAAGUAGCUCUUGGGGGCCCCAACAAUCCUGCCACUGACUGGGGCAGCUCCAACCAGCCCCAUCCUCCCAGGCUGUCUGCUCAGAACUUGAGCUCACCCUGGUUGAGGGAUCAAAAGGUCUCAAGCUCCAAGAACACCUGUGACGACUGGCGCCGGCCAGUGAAGCUGAUGCCAUCCAGACGGUCCUUCCAGUCCUGGCUGACCCCCCAGUUCGAGCAACAGAUCUUCUCGGGUCUUGAGAGUGCGGUGGCUGAGAAGAAUAACUCUGCGGAGAAGGUAGCUCCCACAUCAACUUCACAGGCCCUAGUGGGUAAACUAGGUGCCCAGAUGCUCCCCUCUGGCAGUCCCAAGAGCCAGAUCCUUGGCGAUGAUGAUGAAGAUGAGAUAGAGGAUGUAGGUGUAGAUGACUACGAGGAGGAGGAGGAAGAAGAAGAGGAAGAGGUGCUUGAGGUUGAGGAAGAAGAGGAGGAAGAGGCGGAGGAGGAGGAACAAGGUGUUUCUCAAGAGGCACUGCCUCCCAGACACCUUUCCCGGGUCAUCAGAGGCCCCAGGUCAGGAGUCCAGAGCCUCGGUGGGGAGGAGAAUGAGAAGCCUGUGCUCCACAGACAAUCUGAGGAGCUCCUGCUCAUGAAUGAGGCUGAGCCGCCACCCUCGCUCAGCUCAGUCAUUGGCGAAGGUGAGUCAGAAUCCCUGCAGCCUUCCAAAAAGCCUUCUCAAAGUUUUGUAAAAUUCAUGGCGGAGAAAGUCUUCGCUGAGAGCCCUGUGAUGACGGGAGGAGUUCGCUUAGAUCCUCUGUCUCCAAACCCAGCUUCCAAAUCCUUGCUGAAUCCCAGAGUGGAGAGCAAAGCUUUUGGGACCUGGGAAAAUGUGACCAUCGAGGAAGGCUUCACACUAAAAUAUCCCUUAAAGUCCUUGAAGAAAGCUGAACAUCUGCGAGACCACUACUCAUCACAAUCAGAGAGUGCUCCAACAAAAUGGAGCACUUCCAAGGAGCAGCUGCCUCCCAGGUCCCUUGGCUGGACCCAGGGGAAGGCUGAUCCCCAGCACGAAGUCUGCCCCUUGUAUUUAGAAAGCUCCCAGGGCCUGUGGGACCAGCCUACAGCACAACCACCUGCCAGGCAGCUUUUCCAAGCUGAGCCUGGAACCGGUUUCCAAGCUCAGAAUUUCUUCCGAGGCUCCCUGGCUUCCCACACAGAGAGGAGCACUCCCAAGGAGUGUCAGGAUUUCACUGAGCAUGGAUAUCAUCGACUGCCUUAUCCAAGUCCUGUAGGUGACUUAUCCACCACUGAGGUGACAUACCCUGAGAGUCACCUCCAUGGCUGGGCUCACCUCAAAGUGCCACCGAUCAUCACCAAGGCUAGAAAACACAGUCGCAGUUCUGAAGAUCUCGUUAAGAACAUUCUGGGUCCUGCCACAAAGCCUGUAAAUCUCACCACUACUCCAGUCUGCCAGGCCUUCAGUUCUGGGGCCCCUUCCUCCAAGGAAGAAAUACUUCAGAGUGGGAGUCAAAAUGAGGAGCACCAUUCCAAUUCUUCCACCUGCAAGGCCGAGGUCCAAAACCUGUUUGGUAUCCGCCUACGUGAAGUCCCAUUCACACCCAAGUAUAAGGAAGAAAAUAAUGAGGACUUGGCUAAACCUUCCUCUCUAUCUUCAAGCCCUGUUGUAUCUUCCCUGGUGAGAAACCACCCCGUCCGAAGGAGUGUCUCCCAGGGCUUCCUGGGUGUCCUUGAGAACCAGAUGACCACAUGCAAUUCAACGGAAAUAACACAGAGCAGACCAAAAUCAGAGACUGUGGAUAAGAUAUCACCUAGCAAGUUCCCAGCUAAGCCUGCUCACAGGGUGGAACAAACCACCUCAAAACCAUCUGCGAUGGCCACGACAAAACAGAGGCAGAAGAGUCCACUGUCCCCACUUCCUAUGAGAGAGCCACGACUCAGGAAGAAAAACACAUCUAAGACUGAAACUAAGGAGUACACAUAUGGGGGAGGUAUUCCUCAGUACAUCAAACCAAGAAAGAAUCCCACUUCAAAAGCCAAGAAACAGGAGAAGGCCGUGUAUCUGAAUCCACUCAAUCCUAUCCAAACAGAUAUGAUUCCAAUAGGGUUUGAAGAGAAGCAAUUCCAGCUGCCUAAUAAGGAGAAGGAAACCAGACUAUCUGAAAUGCUCCCCACCAUGGUUCAAGAAUCUUCUGAGCAUGCUGAACAGGAUGAGCCCGUCUGGUUUUCCCUCGCCAAGAAGAAGGCCAAAGCUUGGAGCCAGAUAACUGAAGCAAUGCAAUAAAUUGCUCCUGGAUGGAGCCUCAGCACUUCAAUAACUGCUAAAAGUUAUACUAGUGCCUUGUAGUGAUUUAUUUACAAUAACCACUUCUCAUUAAGCAAAAGUGCCUUAGAAGUCAGAUUUAAAGCUCAUAAGCAAGUGAAGGAGACAAAGGACAGGAAUGAUGUCUGUCCCCCAGCAUAAUCACCACCAGCACUUGAGACCCCAGCAUCUCCCCUUAAAAAUGACGUAAACUAGUUGCACUGCUAUAGAAUUAGGAAAUCCUUACUUUGGACAAUGGGCCUUAGCAGGGAGACAGCCACAGCUCUUUGUUGGAGCAGUUAAAGAGGCAAUCUUUUCCGUGAUCGAAUCAGUGAACUCUGACGGCUUGGCCGAAGGAAAGGCCUUUUAGGUGUCAUGAGUCUAGUUAAACGCUACUAUUCUAUUGGUGGCUGAUGCCAGUUUUGCAAAGGUUCCUAGAUGAGCUGGUGAAAGAGAAAAUUCCGGGUCUCCAAGAAAAAUGUUCAGAGCCACCGCCCCAACAACUAGCCCACUGCCCUUUGAACUCCUUCCUUGCAUCUUUGGUUGGGUGGGGCAAACACCUAGGAAGGACUUUGAUACCAAACUCUAUCUGCACUUGUCUCCUACCAACCUGUCUCAGGUUACACCUCCCAACCAGACAGAACACUUCUUGGGGACCACCAGACUCCCAAUGAAUAGCUAGUCCAUAGCAGUCGUACACUUGCCUAAUAGCAAAACGACUUUCUCCAGUUGUACAGGAAUAUGCCUGAUGUCCUAUCCUGUUUUGUUAAGCCCUUAAUACCCCAGUGAAAUUCAAAAUUCUGAAAAUGCCAAAAGCCGUGUUUUAAAUCUGGCAGAAGACACACUCAGUCACCAGCACUGCUAAGCAAGUCUGGGGUCACUGGAGAAAUGUCCUCCUCCCUGGUUCCAGUGUUAAUGUGUCGAUGCCCUCAUAGCCCAGUUGCUACUUCCCUUCCCAAGGCACCCCCUGACUCCCAAGUUUGUCACUCAAAGUCAGAUUGUACGCCACCCUAAAUCCAAGACAUAAUGAACUGUCUGCUAACUUCACCCUUAAGUGAUUGAAUCUGAUAUCCAGGCCCUCUUUCCCAUUGUCUCACACCAUCAUUUGGUUUGUUUUGUUUUGUGGUAGCAUCACCACCUCUUUAGGCACUCUCAGACAGAGAAGUGAAAAUGCAGGCACCUUCUCCAUGGGAUUUUGUUGGCUAAUUGUCAUCUCCAAGACACACCAAAUCCAUUCAGGUUCACUAGAAGUUUGCAAAACUUCCUUGUCAAGCCUUCUGCCCAUACUUUAACCAUCCAAACCCACCAAGCACUACAAGACAGCUCAAAAUUGAUGCCUAGACUCUAACUCAUUUUCUUGGAGACCCAGAAAUAUCUUCUCUCACUGUGCUUAUUUUUGUCAUCUUGGGGCUACUUAAACACAUAUGCAGACCUAGACAUGUACUGGUAUCUUUGAAUUCUGAGUGGAAUGGCUGCUGGAUUUCAUUGUUGGUGUGAUGUGAUCAUGUGAUCAAUCCACAGGCUGAAUUUCCCAUUUUCUCUAGAAAUGAUUUGGAUCCUGUAACUUUGUUUUCUUUACAAUGUUAGACUUAAGAUGGACUGAAUUUUGUUUCUGUCCCCACAGUGAAUAUUCCAUGUAGGUAGAUGCCCUUUACCCAGGUAGUUCUAGCAAAGCAACCAUUACAUACUACUUUCUUUUUCUGUUUACAUCUGAGCAUGAGCCUCUCAUUAGUUUAUUUUGAGUGUUCUCCAGUUCUGAUUUCUUUUCCAUGGUUAAACAACAGAAACUGUUUUUAAGUAAAGAGAUUAAUAUUUUCUUUAAUCCCUAGCUGCUUAUUCUGAUAAUUUUUUAGCUGCUUUUAGCACUUUUGAUUGAAAGCAAGGCAAAUAAAUUCAAUAAAGCUUA